GACGUGCGGGUUGUCAGCGAUGGCUUUGGGUGAGCAGAGCUGAAUCCAGCUCCUGUCGGAGCCAGCCAUGUUGUCUUGCGACUGCGCUGGGUGUUGAGGUUGAGCUGUGGUCAGCCCAAAUUCCCCCCGUGGGGCCGGGGGUGUUUCACCCUCUGGCUGCAGGCCCCCGUCAGCCGCUUUUAGGGACGCAUGUAGCCCUGGGGUCAGCCCCUCGCUGCCCAGCCAUGGCCUCUGACAAGCACACGCAACAGCUGAGGCUGCGGGAGGGAGGAUGACAGGGCUUUCCCUCACCCUUUUCAGGUGCCAAGUUCUUCAAACGAGGCAUUUUAAGGAGAGGAAGGAAGGUUCUUUUCCUCCAUUUGCGUCUUGUCUUUGGAGACACCCGGGUUCCACGAAGGUGGAGGUUAAUCUCGAUGAAAGCAAAAUGGUGAACUGUAGAACCUUAUUCACCUCAAAAAUUCCGUAGCGCUGCACAUCUGCAGGAAUUAAGGUCAAGAAUGGUGUCGGGCAUCCUCACCCCAGUCCUGCGGGUCAGUCCAGCUGGAGCUGGAGGCCAUCCCCAUGUUCAUGAAGCGGUGCCCGGCCGAGAUCGACGCGGCGCGGCAGCCCGAGCUGGCCUGUCUGCAGUCCCUGCUCUUCGACGAGGAGCAGAGCCCCGCAGAGCUGGCCAAGAUGUACAAAAACGAGGGGAAUGAGUACUUCAGGGAGCGGGACUACGGGAGAGCUGUCAUCGCCUACACCGAGGGGCUGAAAAAGAACUGCGAGGACCCAGAGCUGAACGCUGUGCUGCUCACAAACCGAGGGGCCGCACAGUUUUACCGGGGUAACUACUGUUCCGCUCUCAGUGAUGCCAUCCAAGCAAAAAAGCUAAAGCCCAGCCAUCUCAAAGCGAUUGUAAGAGGAGCUCUCUGUCACAUGGAGCUAAAGAAUUUCUCUGAAGCAAUAGCAUGGUGUGAGGAGGGCUUGCGAAUAGAUGCAAAAGAAAAAAAGCUUGUGGAAGUGAGAGCUAAAGCUGACAAAUUAAAGCGAGCUGAGGAGCGGGAUGCAAGGAAAGCAAAGGUGAUGGAGAAGAAAGAGCAGUGUCAAAAAGAAAUUUUGCUUGAAGCAAUAAAGGAAAGAAAUAUUAAGCUGGCUCUUGAGCCUUCAGGUGAAGAGGAGGACGUAGCAGAUGGCCUGGCUGAGAUAUCCUUAGAUGGGUUCCACUCUGACAAUGCCACGGGGGCAAAGGUUUACUUAGAUGCUGAUGGCAACUUAAACUGGCCUGUCCUCUUUCUGUACCCUGAGCACAAGCAGACAGACUUCAUUGCGGCUUUUCACGAGAACUCCAGGUUUAUUGAUCAUUUAAUGGUGAUGUUUGCUGAGUUACCUCCUUGGGAUUUAGAAAGAAAAUACCUUCCCAGCCAUCUUGAGCUCUAUUUUGAAGAUGAAGAAAGAGCAGAAAUGUACGAGCUGAACCCAGAACACACGUUGCUGCAAGUGCUGCAGCACGAAAGGUAUUUUGUAAAGGUGGGGACUCCAACAGUUUUGGCAUUUGUAAAGCGUUCUCCUUUCUCUAAGAAGUACUUCUCUGGCAAGAAGGUGCAUCGACUAUAGUGAGCAAGAGUGAAACAAGAGCAAUCCCGUGUUAUCCCAGCUACAGACUGCAAAAUUCUGCUUGAACAAAAAUACCUUGCACACUUCAGGGGAGAAAUAAUCUUGGCACAUGGUGAAACUUCCAGGAAAGCAGAGCAUAGGAGAAUAGGCUUACACGAGGGAAUUAUUUGUUUAAAAAGAAAUCCAGCUGGCUCACAGAAGGUCUCCUCUAUGAUAGGCUGCGGGUGGUUUUGAAAUAAACCUGAAGCAGUGCCAAACACUGGCUGCAGUUGAAGCAACAGCAGCUGGAAAUGUACUUACCUGUGAAAAAUCACUGAUUUCCUUGGAGGAGGGCUGCAGUUGCUGGGGUUUAGCAGCAGUGGCCUGGGGAGAUACCUGCCUGUUGCAGCGGGAUGGAUGCAGUCAGAUUCCUGCCUGGGAUUAAGCAGCUGCUGGUUUUCCACCGCUUGGCUCUGCUGCUGGCCAGGGUAAAGCAGAGCUCUUUGUUCAGAGCGGUGUGUUUUACUGACCCUUUUGCUACCUUACUGAUUGUCCUACAGAACCUGGAAAUAAACACAUCUAUUUUAAGUAGACUAA